AUUUGUGUCAUCUGUAUAAACCUCACAGCUGAUAAAGAAAGAACACAAAAAACUCAUCUGCGGGAUGCGUAGUGAAUCAUAUAAACAAUCAAACGUUUCAAUCUCUUGUCUUCUAGUGUUGUGCGUAAAAAAACGAACGAUUAACAUAAAAAACCAGCACGCUGAUAAAGGCAAAGCAUUGCACUGAAAACUGUACAAUGUGGCCACGAAUUAGAGCGUGUUAAAUGAUAUUUUCCUCCGUAGACGUAACAGUGGCAGAAAGCAACCACAAGCAAACCUUCCUCGUUCGCUUCGUCAUUGCAGCAGUGUAGCAAACAUGAAAUUUCACUUCCUAUCAGCGGCACAUCUGUUGCUGAUUUACCUGGUUCCGCUAUUGAUCGAUCAACGGCACAGUACGGUAUGGGCCGGUGACAUCAUCGACAUUACCAGCACCGUGUUCGACAAGCUGACCGAUGCAAUUCCGGCCGCGUACGGUGAUUUCAACUCGGACGAACUAACGGAUGUGUUCGUGCUGCGGAACAACUUCCAAACGCUGCAAAUUCUGCUCGGCAGCGACGACAAACCGUUGCUAAAGGAAGGGCCUAAAUGUGAAUACAAACGACACAAGAUCACCAGCAUCGUGCCGGGUGAUUUCGAUGGUGACGCGUAUAUGGACGUAAUGUUUACGGUACAACCGGAAGGCAGAAGCGGUGACGAUGCACGCACAUACGUGUACAUCAACUGGGGUGCGGCAGAGGAGAUGAACUGUACGGCGGAAGAUGAGAAGCCACUGAUCGAGAUGAUCGGUCAACCGUUGGCGUUGGAUUAUGAUAACGAUUUCAUCAUCGAUCUGUUCGGGAUGGAUCUGGAACGGAAGCGCACAUUCUGGAUCUUCAAAAAGCCGGACGAUCGAGGACAGCGGGGCCAGUUUACGGUACAGAUGGAAGGAACGCACGGUGCAGAACUUUCCGUGCCCCAUUCGCAUGCCGUGCUCGAUCUGAACAAAGACUUUACGGCGGAUCUGUUUCUUACCACGACGGCCGGGUUUGAGGUUUGGCUGGGCGUGAACAGUCAAGCAAAGUUUCACUUCAGCCACAAGAUAGACUUUCCGGAGGGAAACUAUAACAAGCACGUAGGACGCGCCAUCUUUCUGGAUGUCGAGCUAGACGGUAGCUUGCUGCCCGUGUUUCCGAUGUGCUUCGACGCCAAGUGUGUCAAUUCGAGCAUUAUCGUACACCACGGCAAUCAUCUGCACGAUCUGCAGAUCGAUUUCAAGGACGACCAUAAUGACGCGUGGCAUUUCGUCGUGCCGGACCGAACGAACUGGGCCACGCAAAGCAUCACGCUACGCGGCGGAGACUUCAAUCUCGACGGCUAUCCGGAUCUGCUGGCAACGCUCACCAAAUCCGGCGAUCAGAUGCAAACCUUCCUGCUGGAGAAUGUACCGUGCGAGAAGAGUGCCUGCAACCACAUGACGCGCACGUUCGUGGUCCGAUGGAAAGCCUUGGCUCCGUUCUCGAACGGUACGAUGAUGGGAUCGUUUUUCGAUUUCUACAACGACGGCAUUCUGGAUGCAAUCUUCGUCGAACGGUACGGCAACGGGACGCGCCCGGUUGCCUUCCGCAAUUCGCUCGAUUACGACGCAAACUUCGUGAAGGUAAUCGUACUGACCGGGCUAAGCAAUAGCAGUGGGCCGAAAAUUUUGACUCCACUCGGGCGAAAAAAGCGCACGUUCGGUACGAACCUGCCGGGGCCACGGAUCGAAUACAACACCACCACACAGGACGGUGAACCACAGCACGGUGCAUCGGCCCAACUUCCUCAGUCCGCUUACCUAUCGCUUCAUCUACCGUUCACCACCUUUGGACUGGGGCGAACGCCUAACUUCGUCGAUUCGCUCACGGUGGGGCUGUGGAAUCAUUCGCGCACCUGGACACAGCUGAUACCGAACUCGCAGAUGAUCGUGGUGCCGAAUCCAAUCGAUGAACCGGAACGCUGGAAAGCGCAGCUGUUCGUCACACCGAGCAAGCUGAUCGUGAUGAGCGUGAUCGCGCUCGGUGUGAUCUGUCUCGUAAUACUGCUGCUUAUUCUCAUUCUGUACGCGAAGGAAAAGCGCGAAGAUCGGAUACAGCGAUCGCUCGAGGCGCAUCGGUUCCAUUUCGAUGCGAUGUAAGGCGUCUGGUGCGAGACGGUGGUGGACCACCUGUCCGCAGUCCGAGCAAUUGCAGGGUUUUUGAGCUCGAGUAGUAAAGCUGGAGCUAUUUUCUGGAUUUUUUCAUGUUGAACGUGAAUGAAUCGAAUUCAUAAUGAGUUUGGUUCCGUACACAACUUUCUUUUUUCCGAAAGGACUUUUAAUUUCGGAGAGUUUUAAACAAAAUCAAUUUCAUCUUGCAAAAGCUCGAAAAACGUUAAAAUUCUUCAUGAAAAGAUGGUUCCAACUUUAUCACUUGUACUUGAAAUCCCUGUUAUAGCACGGUUUGCGGCAAGAGGAACACCGUAAACCCAUUUUAAUGCUGCGAUACAUAUAGUCUGUAAACUAAUUGAUAGAUUCAUUUACAUUGUGUUGAUCGUCCCAAUUUUUUUUCCCCAUUCCUGAACUGCAAAAUACACGCACGGUUUCUUUUGUCGGUAUCCUCUGGCUUUACAAGUAGUAAGACAAAGUAAACAUUUUUUCGAACGACUCCUUAUGUUAACUAUUUAUUAUAAUCGCUAAUCGUGAAUAAAGUGAAAUUUAACCAUCUGAUAAA